UCAAACAUCCUUGUAGGGUUAAAGAAAAAGUAUCGAUUUCAUAUUUUGCUAGUCGAUUAUUUAAAUAUGAUAACUAUGGUCUCUAUUGAAUUCACAAGCACGUUUUGUUUUCACGUUUGAGUUUUUGUCCGCGGAUUUAAAUUUUGUGCUAAUAUUUUUUAUACUUGAAAGAAAUUUUGAUGCUUUGUAAGAGUUCACAUUUUUUAUAAUAUGGAAAAUGAAAACGAACCCUGUGUUGUCAACGAGGUUGACAGUGAAAGCUGUUUGGAACAAGCGUUAACUGCUAUAAAAUCAAUGGAUGAGGAGGCCUAUAAGGAUGAAACAAACAUAGAUUCACUUGAUAUUAAUAUACAGAAUAAGUGUGAAAAUGCUGAAACAACUUUCAUAAAUACCUCUGGAACAAAGGAUUUGGAACCAGAUGAAACCAAAACCCAAGCCUCUAUAGAAAAUUUAAAGACUAUUAACAAUGAUAUGAGCCAACAAGCGGAGGUUGCUGCAAUGAACACUGCCCCUUCGUGCGAAAAUACGGCAAUUGAUGCUGCCAAAAAGGAUACUAUCAUCAUUGAGUCAGUGAUUCAACUUGUACCAGCCCCUAAAGUGCCGAGCAGUGGGACACCUACAGUUGAAACACAGGCGGCCGUUAUGGAGGUACUGGAUAUUAGCCAAACAAAACAGGACGAUGAUACCGUUGUUGCUGUAGAAUCUAGUAAUGUUCCCUUAGAAGCAGAGCAAGCUCUAAGGGGAACACAAGUAGACACUAGUGAAUCUGAUACGACAGCAACAACAAGCUUAGGUAUGCUCUCACAAUAUGGAGAAAACUCAGAUGAAGAUGAAUCUAAUGAAUCCGAAACAGCUUCUGUAGUUGAAGUACCAACAACUAGUAAAAACUAUCGGUCUCAAGUUGUUGAAAUCGACUCGGACUCGACCGAAACCAUUUCCUCAGAUUCUGAAUCCGAAACUGAAGUUGAAUACUUAGCAAAAAUUGCGAAAACCAUCGAAAAGCGCAUUGCUCCCAGUGACGAUGACGAUGAUGAAGAUGAUGACAACGAAGAAGGAGGUACAAAAAAACAUGGGCGUCGCCAACCGCCACGUGUUCGUGGUGAAAUGUUGCUUGACGAAUUGCCUCCUAUACAGGAUCUGCAAAUUUCGGUGCCAGCAGAGGAAUGUAUAGAAUUUGGAAGAGUUCAUUCUAUUGUAGAUCAAUUGUUAUUAGUAAGCGCACUGCCAAACGCCAUUUUACUCGAUUUGGACACAGUUCUUUUUUUGGAGCAAGGCAAACGUGUACUGGGCGAAGUCUUCGAUGUUUUAGGCCAAGUAGCAGAUCCAAUCUAUUGCGUACGUUUCAAUACAAAUCAACACAUACAAGAGAAGGGCAUCAAUGUAGGCGAUAUAGUAUAUGUGGCGCCAAAAACUGAAUAUACCCAAUAUGUGAUACUUUCGAGUCUUAUGAAAAUGCGUGGCUCCGAUGCAUCAUGGGAGAAUGAUAUAGAACCACCACCACGAUAUUUAGAUUACUCGGACGACGAAGAAGAACGCGAAGCAAGACAAAAGUUAAGAAAACAUCGACGCCAGAGCAUUAAAGAAGAACCAGAAGACAGUGAUAAUGAUGCAGAUGAUAUGGAUAAUGAUCCAAUGAAACGUAGCCGAAAGUACGAUAAUAGUGUGGCAACGCAGCAAAGACAAGAAAGAGCUGGCAAUAGCGGGCGUCUCGAUAAUAGGAGAGGACGUCGCGAUAAUAGAGCACAUGCGCCGCGUAACUAUCAGCCGCAACAUAACAGUAGUUGGCACUCACAUUACAACCAACAAUAUCAACCCAGGCCCAGGCCGCCAAUGCAUAAUUACGGUGCACCAUAUAUUAACCCAAAUCAACACCAACGCCCAUUUUAUCGUACACCACCUCCACGACACGCCAAUUUUAAUCCGUAUGCACAUCCACCAACGCAUUUCCAGCAGCCGCAGAUGCUACCACCAACGCAAAUAUCUGCACCACCACCAAUGCACACAAUGCCCCCACCGCAAAUGUCGUUGUCACCACAGAUGCACGCAAUACCUCGACAGACAAAUAUGUAUGUGCCAAAUCCAUUUGCCUUCCGCCCACCAACACUAUCAACAGAACCAAAGUCGGAGGUACCGUCAUCAACAUCAGAGCCAUCUCCACCAGGUGCGGAUUAAGCGCUCAAUUACACCUUAGUUUGUAAUGUUAGAAAUAAGUGCAUUGAAAGUCCUAAAAACUAAUGAAAGACUUUGAAAUACAUGAA